AUGAUGACACCAAGCAUGCUACGGGCGGGAAGACUCGCCAAACCAAGUAAUCUGAUGCGAUCCUAUGUGAUCUAUUCAAAAUCCAUUGCCACAAACCGUUCCUCAGUCGCCAAAGGAGCAAGACGGCUGAAUCGCUACAGCCGUCAUUUCGCAACUCUCAAUGGCGAUGGUGUUGCAGAUCUGACCUACAAUGAGGCACCUGGUGGUGUCGCCAGUCCAAUGGAAUCCAUCAUCAAACGAAAUGUUCCACAACGAGUGGAGCAAAAGAUUGUGAGUGCUUCAGAUGCAGUGGAGUUGAUCCGUGAUGGAGAUACUGUAGCAGUAUCUGGGUUUGUCGCUACAGGAGCUCCAGAAGCCAUUCUCAAGGCUGUCGGAGAACGUUUCGAGGCCACCUCAAGUCCUAAAAAUAUGACUCUCUUAUUUGGGGGAGGUCCUGGAGACUGGGGCACCAAGGGGCUAUCGCAUUUCGGGAAAGAGAAGGAAGAUGGAACCAAAAUGCUGGCCAGAUCGAUUGGUGGCCACUACGGCCAAGUCCCACUGGUUGCCAAGCUUGCCCUGGAGAACAAGAUCGAAAGUUGGACCCUUCCUAUGGGUUCGAUCUCUAGAAUGAUCCGCAGUCAAUCGACACAUUCACCUGGACAUAUUACCAGUGUUGGGAUCGGAACAUAUGUCGAUCCAGAUUUGACAGGAGGUGCCAUCAAUGAAGCAGCCAAACAGAGUCCUCUACACAAGAAGCUGGUUCAGAAGAUCCAAAUUGACGGAGAAAUCAGCCUCAUGUACAAGGCGCUUCCUAUUGACGUUGCCAUCAUUCGAGGCACUACCGCUGACGCGUCUGGUAAUAUUUCUCUGGAACACGAAUCUUUGCUCUGUGAUCAAAAGAUCACGGCAGCUGCAGCCAAGAACAGUGGUGGAAUCGUCAUAGCCCAAGUCAAGCGAAUUGCCGCCAAUGGGUCCAUCAAAUCGAGGGACGUCGGUGUUCCAGGACCUCUGGUUGACUGCGUUGUUGUAGUCGACGAAGAAGAUCAUGAUGAACUCCAUGGCAUGAGCUAUUUGGAACGAUACAAUCCUUCUUUGACUGGAGAAAUCCAAACCGUUAUGGAUGAACUCGAACCCAUGAGUCUCACAACCCGAAAGCUUAUAGCACGACGUGCCUUUUUUCGGUUGGAACCGAACAAAAUUGUAAACUUGGGAAUUGGGCUUCCAGAGGGAGUGGCAAGUGUAGCCGCAGAAGAAGGAAUGCUUGACUACAUUACCCUAAGUACAGAACCUGGAGUAUUUGGAGGUCUUCCAGCUUCCGGGCACAGUUUUGGACCAGCAUACAAUGCUUCUAGUCUUAUGGAGAUGAAUCAGAUGUUUGACUACUACGAUGGCGGCGGUCUCGACAUGUCCUUUCUUGGUGCCGCACAAAUCAAUGCCAAAGGUGAUGUGAAUGUGUCACGCAUGUCCAAGGAUCUUCUCACUGGACCAGGAGGAUUUAUUGAUAUCUCGCAGUCGACGCAAAACAUUUGCUUCAUGACAACCAUGACAGCUAAGGGUCUUCACGUUGACAUUCCAGGAGACGGAACCUUGAAGAUUGCGAAUGAAGGAAAAGUGAAGAAGUUUGUCUCUGAAGUCUUUGAGAAGACAUUCUCUGGGGAUGAAGCUGUUCGUCGUGGCCAGAAUGUCAUUUACGUCACCGAGCGAUGUGUCUUUCGACGAUCGGGAAAAUCUGAUGUUCUGGAAUUGAUUGAAAUCGCUCCUGGUGUCGAUCUUCAGAAGGACGUUUUGGACCAGAUGGAUUUCGAACCAUUGAUCAGCCCCAAACUGAAGGAAAUGGAUCCUCGAAUCUUCAAGGCAGAGAAGAUGGGCACGACUUCUGAGCUUUUCGGAACCCUUGAUGAAAGAGUCAUUUACCAUCCUGAACACCACACAGUAUUCUUGAACAUGUUUGGAGUUACACUAAAUGAACCAGAGGACGUUGUAUGGUAUGCUGAUGGCUUGCGAAGAAUCAUCAAACCCCUCGUCGACAAGCAUGGCAAGAUCAAUAUGGUUGCCAACUAUGACGGAUUCGACCUUCGAAAGGGACUGGAACCCUUGUUCGGAGAAAAGAUUUCAGCAGUCCAAGAAGAGCUCUACAAGAGCGCAAAGAGGUAUACCGGGCAUGCUUUCAAGAGAGCUGCACUGAAGACCUCCCUGGGCAUGAACAGCUGGAACUCUGAUGAUCUAUUUGAUACCUUCGACACCAAUAGUGAUGGUUCUCUUUCCACACACGAGCUUCGUGAUGGAUUCCAGGAGACAUUCCAAAUGAAUUUGACUCCAUCCGACAUCCGCCUCUUCUUUGAUGAUGAUGAGACUACAACAAUCUCCAGAUCAAAGUUUGCAAACGGACUUGACGAGGUUUUUGUUAAUCACACCUAA